AUGAUCAUUCGAAGCCAAAUUCGAUUUUUAUGUAAUUGUGUAAGACCUAUUGUACAACCAACAAUUUCCUCCAAUCUCAGUACAGAGGUACCAAGCAACAGUUACAUCAGCUUGAUGUGCAAGCAUCGGCAUUACAAAGAAGCACUUGAAGCAUUUGAUGUCAAUCUAAAGAAAUCGAGCAUACAGCUAGAACCAAGCACCUAUAAGAAUUUAAUCUUGGCUUGCACCAACUUUAGAUCUCUUGAAUACGGCAGGAAAAUCCAUGAUCACAUUUUAAAAUCCAGCUAUCAGCCAGACAUCAUUCUCCAGAAUCAUAUUCUUAAUAUGUAUGGAAAAUGUGGUUCUUUGAACGAUGCUAGAAAAGUAUUUGAUGCAAUGCUGCUGCGAAAUGUGAUCUCUUGGACUGUAAUGAUCUCUGGAUACACACAGAACGGUCAAGAGAAUGAUGCCGUUAUCAUGUAUGUUCAAAUGCUGCGAUCAGGUCAUUUCCCGGACCAGUUAACCUUUGGAAGCAUAAUUAAGGCUUGCUACAUUGCGGGGGAUAUAGAUUUAGGCCGGCAACUGCAUGCCCAUGUCAUUAAGUCAGGAUUUGGGCGUCAUCUGAUUCCACAAAAUGCUCUUAUUUCAAUGUAUACAAAGUUUGGACAAAUUGCACACGCCUCAGAUGUGUUUACUAUGAUUGCCACAAAAGAUUUAAUUUCUUGGGGUUCCAUGAUUACAGGAUUUACCCAACUUGGUUAUCAGAUAGAAGCUUUAUAUCUUUUCAGAGAUAUGAUCAGGCAGGGUGUUUAUCAGCCAAAUGAGUUUAUAUUCGGCAGUGUUUUCAGUGCUUGCAGCAGCCUUUUAAAACCAGAAUUUGGAAGGCAAAUACAUGUAGUGUGUGCUAAAUUUGGUUUAGAGAGAAACGUUUUUGCUGGAUGCUCCCUCUGUGAUAUGUAUGCGAAAUUUGGAUUCUUACCUUCAGCAAAAAUAGCAUUUUAUCAUAUUGAAAGCCCUGAUUUAGUGUCAUGGAAUGCAAUUAUUGCAGCAUUUGCUGACAGUGCUGAUGCUAAUGAAGCCAUAUCUUUUUUCUGUCAGAUGAUGCAUGUGGGAUUGAUCCCGGACAGCAUUACUUUUCUCUCCUUACUUUGUGCUUGUGGGAGCCCCAUGACACUCAAACAAGGCAUGCAGAUUCAUUCUUACAUUAUCAGGACGGGGUUCGAUAAGGAUGCAGCUGUAUGCAACUCUCUGCUAACCAUGUACACAAAAUGCUCAAAUCUACAUGAUGCAUUUAAUGUUUUCAAAGAUAUAAGCAAAAAUGCCAAUUUAGUUUCUUGGAAUGCAAUUUUGUCAGCAUGCUUGCAGCACAAACAAGCAGGAGAGGCUUUCAGAUUAUUUAAACUAAUGUUAAUUUCUGAAAAUAAGCCUGAUAAUAUCACCCUAACUAACUUAUUAGGAACUUGUGCAGAAUUGGCAUCUCUAGAAGUUGGGAAUCAAGUCCAUUGCUUCAGUGUUAAAAGUGGGCUUGUACUUGAUGUUUCUGUCAGCAAUGGCUUGAUUGACAUGUAUGCAAAGUGUGGAUCACUUAAACAUGCUCAAGAAGUUUUUGAUUCAACCCAGAACCCAGAUAUUGUCUCAUGGAGUAGCUUAAUUGUUGGUCAUGCUCAGUUUGGACUAGGACAUGAAGCUCUUAAUCUCUAUAGAAUGAUGAGGAAUCUUGGUGUUCAGCCUAAUGAGGUCACAUAUCUGGGGAUACUCAGUGCAUGCAGUCACAUUGGAUUGGUGGAGGAAGGCUGGCACUUAUAUAAAACCAUGGAAGUGGAACUAGGGAUUCCACCAACAAGAGAGCACUUCUCUUGCAUGGUUGAUUUGCUUGCUCGUGCUGGAUGCUUGUAUGAAGCAGAGACUUUUAUUAAGAUAUCAGGAUUUGACCCUGACAUUACUACAUGGAAAACUCUACUUGCUUCUUGUAAAACUCAUGGUAAUGUUGACAUUGCAGAGAGAGCUGCAGAAAAUAUACUUAAGCUUGACCCUUCCAAUUCUGCUGCCCUGGUGCUACUUUCUAAUAUACAUGCUUCUGCCGGCAAUUGGGAAGAUGUUGCCAAACUAAGGAACAUGAUGAAGCAAAUGAGUGUACAAAAGGUUCCUGGUCAAAGUUGGAUAGAAGUUAAGGACAAGAUCCAUGUGUUCUUCUCAGAAGAUAGUUCACAUCCGCAAAGGUGCAAAAUCUACACAAUGCUUGAAGAGUUAUGGUUGCAGAUGCUGGAUGAUGGUUAUGAUCCUUGCCAGAGGUUAAGCAUUAGCAUUUGAUGGGUAGUCUAGUUUGAAACAUGUAGUUGAAGCUAAGCUGUUUCCAGACAAAAAGGAUGAUACAGGCUCCACUUGAACAAGAUAUACAUCGCCUGUUAGCAUUGUCUGUCUGGGGUAUGCUUUUCCUUAGUUACAUUCUUUUAAUUCCAUCGGUCCCUUUUA